AUAGAAAGAACCGAAAAACAAAGUCUCAAAUACCAAGCAGGCGAAGGUGCAUCGCCACCAUGUAUCUUAGGACUAUGCUAAUGCUGCCAUAGGUUAUUCAGUUCGCUUCUUGAUUUCUAGCAGGUUCUUAUCAUCCAAACACUCAGGACACUUGGGAGCUUGGAAAACCACGUACAAUCCAAGAAAAUAAAACCCAAAUCUUCAGCGGCAUGAUGGCUUUAUCGCUUCCCACUCACUUCAAAUUCAAGCCCAGCAAUCUCCAUUUCCAGAACUUGCAUGCCCCUUUUGAAGUUACCAGAGUCAGAACCUCAAGAAUUGCCAAGAGGUCAAAUGAUUCAUACCCUUCAAUCCAUGGUAGACUCGAUCCAGGAUCAAAUUCUUCCCGUACAGUCGCCACUAGAGUUUCCAGUGAUGGUGGCGUUCCAUCUGGUUCCAUUCCACAAGAGUCUGCCCCUUCUGAUAUUGGGUCAUCAACAAGCAGCUCAUCCAGUUCAGCUGAUGGUUAUGUGGGCCUGUUCGUCCGGAUGCUUGGGUUAGACAAUGAUCCACUUGACAGAGAACAGGCAGUAGUUGCAUUAUGGAAAUAUUCACUAGGUGGAAAGCAGUGUGUUGAUGCCAUCACACAGUUUCGCGGCUCCAUAAAUCUCACUGUAAACCUUCUGAAAUCAGACUCCAGUUCUGCAUGUGAAGCAGCAUCAGGUCUUCUGAGAAUGAUAUCUUCAGUCAAUAUAUACAGAGAAUUAGUUGCAGAAAGUGGGGCAAUAGAAGAGAUGACUGCCCUGUUGAGCCGGUCUUCCUUGACUGCUGAUGUCAAGGAGCAAAGUCUUUGUACAUUAUGGAACUUGUCUGUAGAUGAGAAACUUCGGGAGAAAAUUGCAAACUCUGAUCUUCUGCUUUUACUGAUCAAAUUCUUGGAGGAUGGGGAUGUAAAAGUGAAGGAAGCUGCUGGCAGGGUUCUGGCUAAUUUGGCAUUGAGUCACUCAAAUCACAAGACCAUGGUUGAAGCAGGUGUCAUUCCAAAAUUGGCAAAGGUCUUGAAGACUGAUGUAGAGGGAUCCAAGAUCAUGAGGAAGGAGGCAAGAACUGCAUUAUUGGAAAUUGCUAAAGAUGAAUACCACAGAAUUCUUGUUAUGGAGGAAGGUUUGCUUCUUGUUCCUUUGGUUGGUCCUGCCACCUACAAGUCCUUUAAACCAGCUUUGCAUUCAUGGCCUUCUUUGCCUGAUGGUACGGAGAUUGAACAGAGCUUGAAAGGACCUUCAAGGUAUGGUGCCUCUGAAUUACUGCUUGGAUUAAAUAUUCAGGAAAAGGAUGCCAAACUAGAGGAAGCAAAGAUGAAUGCAGUUAUUGGACGAACGCAACAACAGUUUCUAGCUCGCAUUGGAGCUCUAGAAAUGGAAAGUGAGAGAAAGCAUCAGAGUGGAUCCUCUUCAGAUUGGCAGUUUACCAUUUUGCCAUGGAUGGAUGGUGUUGCUCGACUGGUCCUGAUUCUUGGACUAGAAGAUGAGUCAGCUAUUACCAGAGCUGCAGAGUCAAUUGCUGAUGCAUGCAUCAGCGAGCAUAUGCGGGUCUCUUUUAAGGAAGCUGGAGCUGUCAAGCAUCUAUGUAGGCUAUUAGACCAUCAGGAGAAUGCUGUUCAAUUUGCUGCAAUUUGUGCUUUGGAGAGGCUAUCGGUCAGCACUGAUGUUUGCCAGAAAAUUGAAGCAGAAGAUGUUUUACAACCUCUGAUAGAUUCACUGAAGCGUUCUGAUGUCUCUGAAAAGUUGAUGGACAAGACUCUGAAUAUUCUUGCUCGGAUUUUAGACCCUGGUAAAGAAAUGAAAUCAAAGUUUUAUGAUGGACCAUUUAAUGGAUCAACAAAGAAGCUGCAAGCAACAAGAACUACAGGAUCAUCAGGAAGUGUGGAUGAGAUACCUGUAUCAAACCCGAUUUCCAGCUUGCACAUUGACCAUGCAAGAGAUCUAUUGGAUUCUGCUGCCCUUGCUUGCCUUGUUGGGAUACUGAAGAAAACUUCCCCUAGUUUGCAAAGAAAAGCAGCCUCCAUACUAGAGUUUGUGACAGUGGCUGAUCUAUCCAUUGACAAAAUCAUCUCAGCGGACAUUGAAUCUGGUUUGGACGCAGUUUUCCAACAAAAAAUUGUGCUUGUUUUUAUGCAUGCAGAUACGGAACUUGAUAUGGACUCUCAGCAGCCAGAACUACACGCCCUAGAAGUUGAAGAAGCUGGACUUGCAAUAUCUGCAGCAUCCCGGCUACUGACAAGACUGCUCGACUUUGAGCAGUUCCGCAGCGCCAUAAACGCAGCCCGGUUCACGAAGGUGCUACGAAAAAUCCUCAUAUCGGCUAUUCCACUCCACAACAAGGACUGGGUUGCUGCUUGCCUCGUUAGACUCAGCUCAUUGUCCGGCCCCAAUGUAAACUUCGAAAACCCGAUUAACAUUGAGGUAACUCUCUACGAGAUAAUCCCCAGAUUGAUAGAACAGAUCAAGUUCUCCUCCCCAGAAGUGCAAGAAGCAGCUGUGGUAGAACUGAACAGGAUAAUCUCCGAAGAGGUGGUGGAUUCAACUCGAGCAGUUGCAGCAGAGGGGGCGAUCUUUCCGCUGGUGAAGCUUAUCGACGAAGGGACCAAAAGGGCUUCUGAAGCAGGAAUCGCGAUACUGUAUAAUUUAAGCAUGGAUGCUGAGAACCAUUCGGCAAUCAUAGCUGCAGGAGCAGUUUCAGUUCUGAGAAGGAUUAUUCUAUCACAAAGGUCACACUGGAUGCGAGCACUUCAUCUACUGAGGACUUUACCUACAUGAUGGAGCAAAGAAAGAUUUUCUAUCAUUGUGCUGAGAAAAUGAAAUUGUAGGAAUAAUGUAUAUUUUCUUAGCUUUUAUCAUUCUUCUUAUCUUAGGCAUUGUACUGAUCUGAUGACUUUCAUGAUACUGUAAUCCUUUCUUUAAAUGAGUGAUAAUGGUGUACCCAGUCCCAGUGCUGUCUUAUUCACAACUACUGGGUAAA